CGGGGCGGGCGCGCUCGGGACGGCGCGGUGGCCGCGUAGUCAUGGCCGGGGAGCGGCGCCGGGCGCUUCUGGAGCUGCUGACGCGGCCGGGGAACGCGCGCUGCGCUGACUGCGGAGCCCCGGAUCCUGACUGGGCGUCCUACACCCUGGGUGUGUUCAUCUGUCUCAGCUGCUCUGGGAUCCACCGGAACAUCCCCCAGGUCAGCAAGGUGAAGUCAGUCCGCCUGGAUGCCUGGGAUGAGGCCCAAGUUGAGUUCAUGGCAUCCCACGGGAACGAAGCCGCCAGAGCCACAUUCGAGUCCAAAGUACCGCCCUUCUACUACCGGCCUACGUUCUCCGAUUGUCAACUCCUACGCGAGCAGUGGAUCCGUGCCAAGUAUGAGAGGCAAGAAUUCCUUCACGUGGAGAAGCAGGAGCCAUACUCCGCAGGAUACCGUGAGGGCCUUCUCUGGAAACGUGGCCGGGACAACGGACAAUUCUUAAGCCGGAAGUUUGUGCUGACGGAACGAGAGGGUGCCCUGAAAUACUUCAACAAAAACGACGCCAAGGAGCCUAAGUCUGUCAUGAAGAUUGAACACCUGAAUGCCACCUUCCAGCCAGCCAAGAUUGGCCACCCCCAUGGCCUGCAGGUCACCUACCUGAAGGACAACAGCACUCGCAACAUCUUCAUCUACCACGAAGAUGGCAAGGAGAUCGUGGACUGGUUCAAUGCGCUGCGAGCGGCCCGCUUCCAUUACUUGCAGGUGGCUUUCCCGGGAGCCAGCGAUGCAGAUCUGGUGCCCAAGCUCUCUAGGAACUAUCUAAAAGAAGGCUACAUGGAGAAGACAGGGCCCAAGCAGACAGAAGGCUUCCGGAAGCGCUGGUUCACCAUGGAUGACCGGAGGCUCAUGUACUUCAAGGACCCCCUGGAUGCCUUUGCCCGAGGGGAAGUCUUCAUUGGCAGCAAGGAAAGUGGUUACACGGUGCUGGAGGGCCUCCCACCAUCUACCCAGGGCCACCACUGGCCCCAUGGCAUCACCAUUGUCACCCCUGACCGCAAGUUCCUGUUCACCUGUGAGACAGAGUCAGACCAGAGGGAGUGGAUUGCGGCCUUCCAGAAGGUGGUGGACAGGCCCAUGCUGCCUCAAGAGUAUGCAGUGGAAGCCCAUUUCAAGCAUAAACCCUAAGGAAGAGAGCCCGGAGGCCCCAGGAUUCUGCACUCAUGUGGCUGGACAGGCAGGCAGUGUUGGACGGUAGGGGAGCCCAGCCUCCUGGCCCACACCCUGUUCCUGGGUGUGGCCCAGGCAUGGCCAAGUGGGGCUCAGGCAAGCCUAUUGGACAGACAUUUCUUCAGAACCUCAUGAAAGUUGAAGGCCGACUUGGCUCUGGGCCUCACCCUGACCCUGGCCUGGUCGUGUUGCUUCCCCGGCCAUGCCCAGCCGACCCACCCAGCUUCCUGCUGCUGGAAGCCCUGCCUCCCAACUUGAGCAGGACCCUACUAACUCUCCUGGCCUGAGGGGGAUCUUGGCCUCAGGGCAGGACUUGGUGCUGGGCUGCUGUGGACAGCCAUGGACAGCCAUGGAUGGCUGUGGCAGCGGGCUGGCCUGGCUGCUGGGGACUCACUCUGGGAUGUGCCGCAUGCCUCCCUUUCCCUCCCCCACCUCAAGUAUUUAUUGAGCACCUGCUGUGUAUCAGACAGGGAUCAAGGGUCAGGGGUCAGCUCUCCUUCCCCUAGGGCUGACCCAGCUGGGGCAUUGGGGGCAGGAUUUUUUCCCCCCAAGAGGACCAGUGUGCACAGGCCCUGGGUCC